AAACAAAGUAUAGUCCACAAGAUAAAUGUAAAAGAAAAAAUGUUUUUUUUUCAACAUUACCUCAAUUGUAUGUAUGCAACAAAUGCAUGAAUACCAACUCGUUUAGUAUACUAACCAACCAUUCCCCCCUUUCCCCUUUUUAUAUGCAUUUCUCUUCUUUUCAUGUAAACACACCAUAGCAUAUCACACUCCUUUGCCUCAAUAAACUCAUCAAAAAAUGGCAAAAGAUCUAAAACAAAAUCUACUAAUAAAAAAUUCACCAUCAUCACCAUCAUCAUCAGAAGAAGGUGAAGAGUCACUUGGUAAAAGGGUGUGGAAUGAAACAAAACUUAUGUGGGUAGUUGCAGCACCAGCUAUUUUUACAAGAUUUUCAACUUUUGGUAUUCAAGUUAUUAGUCAAGCUUUUGUUGGUCAUAUUGGUUCUAAAGAACUUGCUGCUUUUGCUCUUGUUUUCACUGUUCUUAUUAGAUUUGCUAAUGGUAUUCUUUUGGGAAUGGCGAGUGCCUUGGCGACCCUUUGUGGACAAGCAUAUGGUGCAAAAGAACAUGGAAUGAUGGGAGUGUAUCUUCAAAGAUCAUGGAUAGUGUUAUUCUUAACAGCACUAAUUCUUCUUCCUGUAUUUUUUUUCACAACUCCACUUUUAAAUCUGUUAGGCCAAGAUGAAAGCAUAGCAGAAGUUGCAGGAACCAUUUCUCUUUGGUCAAUUCCUGUUAUGUUUGCUUUCAUUGUCUCAUUCACUUGCCAAACAUUCCUUCAAUCACAAAGCAAAAACACCAUCAUUGCAUUUUUAGCAGCUUUUUCCAUUAUCAUUCAUGGAUUCCUCUCCUGGCUUUUGACAAUGAAAUACAAAUUUGGGAUUGCUGGUGCAAUGAUUUCAACAAGUUUGGCUUAUUGGAUUCCCAACAUUGGUCAACUUAUAUUUGUUACAUGUGGUUGGUGCCCUGAAACUUGGAAAGGUUUCUCAUUUUUAGCAUUCCAAGACCUUUGGCCUGUUGUCAAACUUUCCCUUUCAGCUGGUGCCAUGUUGUGUCUUGAGCUAUGGUACAAUUCAAUAUUGGUUCUUUUGACAGGAAACAUGAAAAAUGCAGAGGUUGAAAUUGAUGCACUAUCCAUCUGUCUCAACAUCAAUGGAUGGGAAAUGAUGAUAUCACUAGGUUUCAUGGCUGCAGCAAGUGUUCGAGUAUCAAACGAGCUUGGUAAAGGAAGCGCCAAAGCCGCAAAGUUCUCGAUCGUUGUCACAGUGCUUACAUCGUUGGCCAUCGGAUCCUUUCUGUUUGUGUUUUUCUUAAUUUUUAGGGAAAGACUUGCUUAUAUAUUUACCGAUAAUAAAGAGGUGGCCGCAGCUGUCGGAGAUUUAGCACCUUUGUUAUCGAUCUCUAUACUGUUAAACAGUGUUCAACCAGUUCUCUCAGGAGUGGCUAUUGGAGCUGGCUGGCAAAGCAUUGUUGCAUAUGUCAACAUAUGUUGUUAUUACAUCAUAGGUAUUCCAGUUGGGAUUGUUCUUGGUAAUGUUAUCCAUUGGCAAGUCAAGGGAAUAUGGAUGGGAAUGUUGUUUGGAACAUUGAUUCAAACUAUAGUGCUAAUUAUAAUCACCUACAAAACUAAUUGGGAUGAGCAGGUGGUUGUAGCUCGUAAUCGUAUAAACAGGUGGUCCAAAGUGGAGAGUACUGAUCAAGAAACAGAAAGAAAAUUAAUUGGAAAGUAGUUUAAGUGUUAUAUAUCAUUUGUGUCUUCUUAUGCAACCAAUAUAUAGAUGGAUAGGAAUUGUAUGGUUAUUUAUUGAUUGUAAGUCUCAAAUCAAAUUUGGAGGAUUUUUUUUCUUUUUUCCACCGGCAGUAUCCAGUCUAUUGGACUGCCUAAUUUGGUUCAGAGAUCUGACAUCAAGUGGUUUCAGCUCCUGCUAUCACAUUUGGAGGAUUUCUCUCUAAAUAGUUUUGGUGAAUUUAUUAAUUUCAAAUAGGUCCCUCAUGGUUUUGCUCAUAAUAAAUUAAUUAAUUAAUUCCGUGCA